GAGACAGACUUGAAUUUGAAAGCAGAGAGAGAGAGAGAGAGAGAGAGAGAGAGAGAGAGAGAGAGAGAUGGAAGGAGAGAGAUUAGGAAGAGUAGUAUGUGUAACAGGUGGUUCUGGGUACGUAGGGUCUUGGCUGGUUAUGAGGCUUCUUGAUCAAGGCUACUUUGUGAAUACCACUGUUAGAUCAGACCCUACAGAGAACAAGCGAGAUCUAAGCUUUCUCACAAGUCUACCAGGAGCAACCGAAAGGCUCAAAAUUUUCACCGCGGAUCUCAGCAACCCGGACAGCUUCUAUGCAGCCGUUGAAGGGUGCACGGGAGUGUUCCAUGUUGCCACUCCAGUCGAUUUCCAAGACAACGAACCUGAACAGGUAGUGACCAAAAGGUCAAUUGAUGGAGCCCUUGGCAUUCUACAGGGAUGCUUAAACGCGAAAACAGUGAAACGAGUUGUGUACACUUCUAGUGCAUCCGCUGUCAUGUUUGGCAGCGGCAAGGAUGUGGAGGAAGUGGAUGAAAGUAUUUGGAGCGAUAUAGGUUACAUUAGAUCUGUAAAGCCAUAUGGAGGGUCAUACGUGAUUUCAAAGAGAUUAACUGAGAAGGCAGUUCUUGAAUUUUUAGAGAAAUAUGGGUUGGAUGUUGUGACAGUAAUACCUUCUUUUAUUGCUGGCCCCUUCAUUUGUCCUAAGCUUCCCAGCUCCGUUCAGAGCACACUGGCUAUGGUCUUUGGUAAACUUGAGGAGCUUAGAUUUCUUAUCAACAUACCAUUGGUGCAUGUCGAUGAUGUUGCCAGCGCGCACAUUUUCCUUUUAGAACAUCAUGAUGCAAAAGGGAGGUAUAAUUGCUCAUCGCAUGUCAUAACCCUCAUACAAAUAGCCGAGUUUCUUUCUGCCAAAUACCCGAAAUUUCAAAUACCGUCAGUAAGCUAUUUAAGGGAGGUUAAAGGUGAUAAAACGCCUGGUCUGUCGUCAAAGAAGCUCUUGGAUUCUGGUUUCAGAUUCAAGUAUGGGGUUGAUGAGAUCCUCAGCGAUGCAAUUCAGUGUUGCAAAGAAAAUAAUUAUUUAUAGUUCCGUUUUCGGAUUAUAAUUAAGGCUCAUGUAUGAUUAUAUGCACGUUUCGUUCCAUUUACAGAAAAACAUCACCCUUGUUGGAUGGAAAAGGAACUUUUAUGAACGAAUAUAUACAUUGUGUGUUGUAAGAAUAAAAACGCAUGCCCAUAUGUACCGACAUAUGGCUAUCUCGUUCAAGUUCACAAGUUAA